AAAAACAAACUUUUUAUUAUUUGAAAGAACGAUGUACCGCGCGAAGCUGCUAGUGAUUUUUAUGUUUUUAUUGACAUGUGGGGCACUGGAGUUGGAACCAUUUUACGAAUUCGUUUCAGAAAAAUUGGAACAAAUCAAAAAGUUUGAACUACCGACCAACAACGAAAAAGUAUUUAGGAUAAAUCACACCAAAAUAUUCGAUUUUGGCCGCUAUGAUUUCAUUAUCGUUGGUGCUGGUGCUGCCGGAUCAGUUUUAGCUAACCGACUGUCCGAAAUAACUUCAUGGAAAAUAUUACUGUUAGAGGCUGGAGGUGAAACUGAUGACUUUAGUGAUGUUCCUCAAUUUAACAAUUACCUACAACAGACGGACAUGAAUUGGGGGUAUUUUACAGCUCCACAAACAACAUGUUGUCAAGGCAUGGAAAAUCACCAAUGUGUCUAUCCACGAGGAAAAGUAAUAGGGGGCUGUACUACUUUAAACGCUGCCGUAUACGCUAGAGGAAGUCCUUCAGACUACAACAAUUGGGUAGCCAUGGGUAACCCUGGAUGGUCAUACGAAGAAGUUCUUCCGUACUUUAAAAAAUCAGAAUACGUGGUGAUGGAAUCGUACGACAAAUCCUAUCAUGGAACAGAAGGCAUAGUGUUUGUUAAUCAUACAUCGCCAAAUUCGACGAUAGGUGACACAGUUCUAAAAGCUCAUAUGGAAAAAGGUUUGAAGGAAGUCGAUUAUAAUGGAGAACACCAGCUGGGAGUUUCCAAAGUUCAGUUUAAUCAAAAAGACCACAAGCAUCAGACAAGUGAGCAUGCUUUCCUCGAUGAUAUUAAAAAUAAAAAUAAUGUAAAAAUCGUUCUUAAUGCAGCUGUUAAUCAGAUAUUGUUAACAAAACGUAAGGCCAAGGGAGUUACUUUUGUUCAUAAUGGAAGAAUCUAUAAGGCAACGGCCAAGAAAGAAGUAAUAUUAUCUGCUGGAGCUAUCAACACUCCGCAACUUUUAAUGCUUUCUGGAAUUGGUCCUAAAAAACAUCUCAAAGAUCUAGACAUUCCGGUUGUUGCAGAUCUACCAGCAGUGGGUCAACAUCUACAAGAUCAUCCUUUGUUUGUUAAUAUUUAUUUCAGAACCAAUGUAUCUUCUCCCAAUUAUUCUUUGAAAGAACAGCUUCAACUAUAUUUAGAAGGCAAAGCGCCUUCUACAAAUGGUGCUGGUUUAGAACAUCUCGCUUUUAUUAAUGUUGAUAGUAUCACCAAUGGUGAAGCUGAUAUAGAGUACCUAAAUUUUGCUCCUCCAUUUGGUGUUCCAGGAAAUUUAAAAGCAGCCUAUAAUUUCCAAGAUAAAUUCGCCAAACAGUAUGAAAGUUAUAACCCUUUGACUGAUAUCAGUUUUAUAAUGUCGUUAAUGAAACCCAAAUCACAAGGAAGUGUAACUCUCAAGUCAAACAACAUUCUCGAUUUUCCUUUAAUAGACUUAAAUUAUUUUUCUGAUCCCAAAGGAGAAGAUCUUGAAACGAUGUACAAAGGUAUCAAAUAUAUUUUGUCACUGGCUGAUACUGAAGCGUUUAAAAGCAUCGGAGCUACUUUUAUCAGCAAGCAACCAAACUGUGAGCAGCUCAAAGACAAUGACAAAGAGUAUUGGUACUGUGCUCUUAGACAUAUGACUUCCACCGAGUACCAUCCUGCUGGUACCACGAGAAUGGGACCGUCAGCAGUUGAUUCUGUUGUGGAUACAAAUUGUCUGGUGCAUACUUUUAAGAAUCUCAGAGUUGUUGACGCUGGGGUCGUUCCAGAUAUAACGAGGGGCCAUCUAAUGGCUGCGAUAUAUAUGAUUGCGGAAAAAAUUUCAGAUGUAAUUAAGAAAAAUUAUAGAAAAAUAUAAGUUGUACAAUAAAUUUAAUAUUUUUUACA